AUGACAGUGCAUAUAUCUGCAUCUAUUGAAUUUGCAUUCAUGCCAUGCCCUGAUCCCGUCCAUAUCUCGUACUUCGACAGCUAUGAUACACUCAUCUAUAUAUGUAUAUCUCAGUCUCACAAGUUCAAAGAUGCACACUCGGGAACAACAUCACUCAAAGAAAAGAAAAGAAAAAGCGGGACAUGUAACAUGUAUGAUACUCAGUCUCUCGAUCCCGAGCAAUCCAUUCAUCCAUGGAUCGAUAUGUAUAUGUAUGCAUGUGAUUCCCCCUCCCAUAAAACCCAUACCGCCAUUUCAACCUAA